AUGGCUGUCACGUUCCUCGAAGUCUUGCGUUGGAUCAUAGUUGGCAUUUUCGCUCCGACCCUAGUCUUCAGUGCCAUCUAUGUCAUUUGGCGGGCUGGCUUCACUGCUUCUUUAGCAUUUAUCAUUGGCCUCCGCUGGCUCAGAGGACCGGCUUUGUGGCUGACAGAUGCGUUCGCCUUCGUUCCGUCAAAAGUCACAAGCAGUAUCCGAUCCUUAAUCCGUCGCAAACCACCGAAGAAUCUCAAGAGACGACAUUUUCUGACCCGGUUUCCAAAGCAAGACGAGUUUCCUUCGACGAUCCUAAACGAUAAACAGACCAACCUCGAAAACCUUUUCGCUUCAUAUGGUCGUUACCUCAACCUGCACGCAGAUGUUGCUGAAACCAAUGCGACGCUAUUUCGCAUCCGGAAGUGGCUGCGUACCUGCGAAUGGUAUCACAAAAGCGACGACAACAAACUCCCACAAUGCACACCGCUACAUGGAAGCGAUCACGGCGCCCCAGUCUGGCUCAUUGACAUUGAGCAGUGCUGUCUAGUUCCUUACGAGCACUCGUUUCGGUACAUCGCUCUGAGUUAUGUGUGGGGCAAGAUCGAAACUGCAAAGACGUUGCGAUCCAACCUUGAUGCCCUGCAGCAGCCCCGGUCUCUCCUUGGACCAACCUCAGUUGUGCAAUUGCCCACUACUGUUCGAGACGCUGUCUUCUUGACAGGAUACCUCGGACUUCGUUAUCUGUGGUGUGAUCGACUUUGCAUCGUACAGGAUGAUCCAACCUCGAAGCAUUCGCAGGUGCGACAGAUGGCUGAGAUCUACGCUCGGGCUUACUGCACCAUUGUUGCCUUGGACAACUCAAGUGCCGAGUCGGGCUUGCAUGGAAUCCCAAACAUCUGCGCUAGUCAUCGACACAGAGAGAACGGAGAUAUGGACCUGGAGAAAGCUGUUUGGCCAUCGAGAGCCUGGACCUGGCAGGAAGAGUUGUUCUCUGUCAGGAUCAUCUGGAUGUCUGCCAGCCAGGUUAGCUGGCAGUGUUCAUGUAUGCCGUCCUCGGCUUGCAACAGGGGAAAGCACGGUCAGCAUCACAAUGCCCAAAAGCGAACCCUUCCCGACAUCUCGGACGAAGGCACAUCCGUUCAGAUUGGAGGCAUGCUGUGCCCGCAACGCCCGUCGCUGAAGUUUUACACCACAUUGGUACAAGACUAUAGCCAGCGACACGUCCAUGAGAAUCAUCCAGAAGACAUCUUCCAUGCCUUUUCCAGUAUUCAAGUCGUCCUUUCCAGAACCUACCCGGGUGAUUUCAUUCAAUGUAUACCUGCAUGUUUCUUCGCCCCAUGCUUGCUGUGGAGCCCACGACAGGACGGUCUCUGCAGGCGGAUGAUCAAGGACGAGGUGGGUAGCGUAAUGUCCGCAAGUUGGUCAUGGGUUGACUGGUCGGGUCCAGUCGAUUUCCAGCGCAUGACGGCUGAUCCAUACAUGGAGUUAUGCCAGUGUGUUGUCUCUUGGUCUGUCAGUGAAUCAAUCACUCCAGAGAGUGUGACUGUCGUAAGGGCAGCGGCAGAAGCUUGGAAAGACCACAAAGAGUUUACUGCGUUCGAGAAUGGGAUGAAGUCCGUGGCGUACGCACCACAGCCAUGUCUUCCACCAGCCGCUAUUGACAAUCCCGUGCAAGGAACAACAUUUUGUGAGCCGCGUUCGACCUCUGGGGACUGCGAGACGGCAGCGCCAAUUUCACAUCUAGGGACUCACGGCGUCUUCCUACAUGGUCGUGUGUUGUAUGGACAAUUUCGGGUCGACGAAAAGGACUAUAUCACUGGCCAGGGCAUCCGUCUGGAGUCCUGUACGACAGGCAAAUUCGCUGGCGUGCUCGGACGCUGUAGUCCACGUCUUGGCGCCAACAAAGUCAUCAACUUCAUUGCGAUUUCGCGUGGUGAGAUGAAGAUCAAGCAUCAACGGUUCGUGGAGACAACGCCUUCAGAAGCUCCAGCUGUUCUUCAGAAUCGAUAUGGACAAACCUUCGAAUAUCGCAAGGAAGACCUCCCAGAAGAAUAUCACGUCUCUGCAAAGAUAAGUACGGGAGCUUGUGGUCAUGCAUCAUGCACUCGACUCGAGGGAUUGGAGCUUGAUCGUCUGUAUAGUCCGAAGGAGGUCUAUGAGUUUUAUGAUGCCAUGUGGGUAGACUGGGAAAAUGGCGUCGCUUACAGGCGAGGCCUUGCACGGAUCGCCAAGGACGUCUGGGAGCUCGAAACAUUGGGCUGGAUAGAUGUCACGCUGGGAUAG